UUAUAUAGUGGUGCCUGGACGCGGGCUGGGGAGUCAGCUCGUUGCACUUAUUUCAACUCCAAUCAACCCAAGUGAAUUCGGACCUGGCAGCCCUUCCCCUCCCCCCUCGGAGCCUUAGUCGUGGCUUAUUCCAAACCCCCUUUAGUAACGCAGGAUCUUCUCGGUCCUCUGGACUCGCAGCAAACUGGAUCUCGAAAUGUCUGCCACCCUUUUAUCCGCCUUCUACGACAUCGACUUGUUCUGCAAGAACGAGAAAGUCCUGAACAAUCUGAACCUGAGCAGCAUGCUGGACAAGAAGGCGGUGGGCAGCCCCGUGACUAGCCCAAACUCUAGUCUGAUCCCAGGCUUCCUGCGCAGACACUCAGCCAGCAACUUGCAGUCUUUGGCCAACAACAAUAAUUCGUCCCCUAAGUUCUGCAACAACAACCUCAAGGAGUCCUCGGUCGUGAGCAGCACCGCCUUGCUGAACAAAGAGAACAAGUUCCGGGACCGUUCGUUCAGUGAAAAUGGGGAGCGUAGCCAGCAUCUCAUGCACCUCCAGCAGCAACAGCAGCAGCAGAAGUCCGGGGCACAGAUCAACUCUACCCGCUACAAGACUGAGUUGUGCCGGCCCUUUGAGGAAAGUGGCACCUGCAAGUAUGGAGAGAAGUGCCAAUUUGCCCACGGCUUCCACGAGCUGCGCAGCUUGACCCGGCACCCCAAGUACAAGACGGAGCUGUGCCGUACCUUCCACACCAUUGGUUUCUGUCCUUAUGGUCCCCGCUGCCACUUCAUCCACAAUGCAGAAGAAAGGAGGCAGGCACCUGGUGGAGGUACUGAUUGCUUCAAUGGCCAGCGCCCUAAGCUGCACCAUAGCCUCAGCUUUUCAGGCUUCCCCAACCACAGCCUGGACUCCCCUCUGCUGGAGAGCCCGACCUCCCGUACCCCUCCUCCACAGCCCUCCAACUCCCUGUACUGUGAGGAGGCUGUGCCCUGUGCCAACAAUGCCUUCACCUUCUCUGGUCAGGAGCUGAGCCUCAUCACCCCACUGGCCAUCCAGACCCACAACCUCUCUGGCUACAACAAUCCUGCAGCCUACUGCCGUCAGCAGCCACAAACCUCCUCCAACUCUCCCCCACCGAGCCUCAACUUCCAACCCCUGAGACGUCUCUCCGAGUCUCCGGUGUUUGAUGCCCCUCCAAGCCCACCCGACUCUCUCUCUGACCGAGAGAGCUACUUGAGCGGCUCCCUGAGCUCUGGCAGCCUGAGUGGAUCCGAUUCCCCAACCCUGGACUCAAACCGGCGCCUGCCCAUCUUCAGCAGGCUGUCCAUCUCUGAUGACUGAGCCACCACCAACCCUCCCCCCCCCAUGCCUGUAGGGGGUACUCUGGACUGGGCAGGCGAAUGCUACCCAGGCUAGUAUGAGUUAUUUUUUUCUUCUUUGUUUUAAUGAUGCAGGCUUAAUAGCCACCUGUCGAAUAACAGAGGGCGGUGCUGCAAAGCCCACAGCUGCUGCAGAACCUCUGUUUUAAAGAAUUUAAAGGGCAAGUGCUGCCCGACUCUUGGUCAUGUUGAUUGAUUUCUUUAAAUAGCAGAACAGUAAAAUGCUGUUCUGCAGUAGAGGUUGUGUGGCAGCUGGGGGUCUUUGGGCUCCACAAGCUGCCCUGGCGAAUGGACUAUAGAGGGUUUUUUUUUGUUUUGUUUUUUUGCCCACCCUGCCUUUAAAUACAGCGGAAGUGUCAGGGGCCAGUUUUGCCCCCCUGUAUUUUGUCUAAAAAAAAUAAAAGCUGCCAGUCUGUCCCCGCUCCUCCCUCAGUAUGUGCUAUAAAGACUCAGGAGGGUGAAAGAGGAUGACCCAACUCUACGACAUUGUAAUUACAACAAGGACUAAACACUUGAACUGUUUGAAGCUGGCACUCGUGAUGUUCCCUGUAUUAUUAUUGUUAAAAAAAAAAAAAAAGAUUUUUUUGUUUUUUUUGCCUUUUGUGCCUCUGCCAAUUUUUAUUUAAUGGAAAGCAGAGUCGGAAAAAAGACUCGUGGAGAAAGAAUCCUGAAAGCUGAACAAAAUGAAAGGAAAAAAAAAAAACUCGCAAAAGGGCAAACUUAACAAAUAGAACAAAACUAUUUUUUAUAGAACUGUGGGGAUUAGCGGGUGGGGAGGUGUCGUUUUUUUUUUUUUUUUGGGUGGGGGCGGGGGAUAGUUUUAUGCACCAGCAGGCAUUCCAUCUCUUGAAGCAUUAGCACAGCAAACUUUGAGGGGGGGAAAGGACACUUUACCUUUUCUUCCAAAGGUUUAAUAAGAAAACACAACAGUCCAGUUGGAAGAAGAGAAAAAACUUAAGCUUUUUUAAAAAAAAUUCACCAUCCUGCCGAGAAUAUGCCUUAACAACAAGCAACCCUCUAAGAUGUCUAUUUCUGUAGCUUAACAUGUACUAAAAAAAAAGAAAAAAAAAACAACUUUCAUUCCAAAGUUUAACAUCAGUUCCAUUUCCAUCGCUUAGUGGGCUGUUAGCUUAGAACAAUUUUUUUUUUUUUUUUUUUCGUUCCUCUAUUUUGGAAGCACUCAGUUAGUUUAUAAUUGUUGAAUAACUGCUGAUUUAUUAUUUUUUUUUUUUUAUUAUUAUAUUAUUUUAGCUGUCUGAGUUGCUUGCCUGUCACUGCACACAACUCAAUAUGAAACUAUUUAACUUAUUUAUUAUCUUGUGAAAAAUAUACAUUUGAAUAAUUUGUUCAUACUGUAUUUAUCGGGUAUGAUGAAAAGCAAUAGAUAUAUAUUCUUUUAUUACGUUUAAAUUAUGAUUGCCAUUAUUAAUCUGCAAAAAAAUGUUGAGUGUAUGUUCUUUUCACAGUAAUAUAUGCCUUUUUUUUGUAACUUCACCUGUUUUAUUUUAUUGUAAAUGAGUAAAAUCUUAAUUUAAGAGAUUGUAUGUAAUAUUUAUUUCAUUAAUUCCUUUUUUUUUUUUUUCCUUGUUUACGUUAAUAAAAAAAAAGACAAAAAAGAUUGGUUUCUGUUAAGAAAUCUCAGUGCUGUGGAAGUUUGAGGAAUUUUUUUUUUUUUUUGUAUGUUCCCUCCCCCGCACACACUUUUUAUUUUAUUCCUGCCCCUAUACACUUUUUUUUUUUUUUUUCUUGUAGCCCGUCCAAAAGAGCUAAAAAAAAAAAAGCAUUAUAAUUUGACUUGAGUGACUCACUCAGAAUUUCCAUUAUUAUGAUUUAUAUUUUUUAUUAUAUAUAUAUUUUUUUUUUCCUCUAUUUUGCCUAUUUCCACCGCUAUCACUGUGAUGGUAUGUAGCAAUAAUUUGGGUCCCAGUAUUAUAUUUCACAGUGCCUUUUAAAGAGUUCACACUUGCCUUAAAUGUUUCUCAACCAAAAAAGUAUUGUGUAAAGGUGUGAUCAAUUGAAUGUAGGGAUGGGAUUUUUUAUUUUUGUUUCUUACCACUUUGAUUUAAAACAAAGGCCACCUAUAUUUUUGCAUCUGAAACUUCAUGCAGUACAUGCAAGUGUCUUAAAAUUUUCUAAAUUAAACAAAGCCAAACGUUUUUUACAUUAAUUUGCCUUGAUGGUAAAUAGCAGAAACGUAGCUUUUUAUUUAUAUAUCUAUAUAUAUUAUUUUUUGCCCUGUUCUUUUUUUCAUAUUUUUUUUUCUUCCCUCCCCUUGUACAUAGUAGGUACCGACUGAGCACUAUGUACUUUUUUUUUUUCUUUAUUUCUGAACUACUUUAACCAAUAUUUUUUAUUUAAAUUUUUUUCUCCUGAAUGUAACGAAAGGAUGAGUUGACUAUAAUUAUAUGUAUAUAUAAUUAGUCGGGUCACUAAGAAUUGUGAGACUGUAAAAUUUGUACUGUAAAUGUUUUGUAGUUCUCCCAAUAAAUUUUUGAAAAUAAAAAAAAA